AUGCCUGGCGACGCCCGGGUCCCCAUCGCACGGGAAGCGCAAGAGCUAGCUGUCGGUGUCGCUGUCGCGGUCGUCCCACCGCAGCUGCUUGCUCAGGUGGAUGACGACAGGGUUCCGCAAGGCCUGCAGGCCUGCAGGGCCUGCAGGGCCAGGAAAACCGGCUUCUGCACGGAUCACUUGCAGACCCUGCGCCAGUGUGCGCCUUUCGACCGCUCAAAGGGCCUUGACGUCAUGCCAGAACCACAUGGUCAGGAAUGCGCUGUGGACCUCAGUCAGGAUGCUACCUCAACCUCUUUCAAACGCCUGGUCAUUCAUCUGCACAACAUCUACUGCAACGUGCACACAACGCGUUGCACGACGUCGCCUUUGUCCCUGGUCUGCAACUUCCCGCCCGGCAUUCCGGCAUUCCGAUCCUGCCGGCGAGGUGGGCCUUCCCGGGCGGAUAACUGUCGAUUCUCCAUCUACUCCACCGUCCCCAUCGGCGUCAAGGCCCGUGCUGUCGUCGUCUGCGCUCAAUCGGGACCUAUGGUUAGCGAGUUCGCCAGCCAAAUUGCGCAGGUCGCUAUUAUCAAGAGAUGUCGGAACCAAGAUGAUCCACGCACAAAGACACGGUUUGGCAAUGAAGUCAACACACUGAAACUCGUUGCAUCUCAUAAGCACAUUACGCAGCUCUGGGAUGCAAAUAUCAGUCAGCUUACUCUCACCUUACGCGUCGAGUCGGGGCGGAGUCUGGACAAGUACGUGGAUGAUAAUUGGAAGUCAACGCUCUCUCCGGAUUCCCCGGUCACCCUAUGGAAGCAAAUCUCCAGCGCCCUAGCCUACUUGCACGCAAAUUCCAUCACGCAUGACGACGUCAAGCCCGACAAUAUUAUGUGGGAUCCCGCUAUCCAGCGUAGCGUCCUGAUCGACUUCGGCGCCGCGCUAAAUCACAAAUCACUGCCGGCCGACUGGUUUAAUCCCUCAGGGACGCCACCUUAUGCGCCUCCUGAGUUCCUUCAGCGGAGGAAAUGCAGCGCUGGCGAUGUCUGGGCUCUUGGAGUGACGAUGCUUUUUGCGUUCAAGUAUAUCAAGUUGCCUGAUGGGGAGUGGAUCUUGCCACACAUAUUUGAGCAAGAUUUGGUGUUGGAGGAGAUGAAGAGCUGGCUCAGAGAGGUUGACGGGUGGAAGAUGGAAUUAGCUAAUGGGAAUCAUCAUCUGCUGGCGGAUAUGUUGGAGCAGGACCCGAAUAAGAGGAUUACUGCCACAGGACUUGAAUUGCAGCUUGAAGGCUUAAUAUGA